ACCGCCCGCCCCACCGGCCGGGGACGGGGACGGGGCCGCGCCGCGCCGCGCCGCGCCGGGGGUUCCGGGAUCUCCCUCGCCGCCCGCCGCCGCCUCUCCCCGCCCGCCCGCGGCGCUCGGUGCCCCCCGCCGCAGCCCCCUUCCCUGCACCCCCCCCUCCCCGCCGCGGCCCUUUGUCCCCCCUCCUGUCACGCCCGGCCCGGCCCCCCGAGGCGGGCGGGCGGCGGCGGCCCGGCCCGCUGCCCCCGCCGGCCCCUCCCGCGCGUCCAGCCGCGGCGGGGCCGGGCUCGGCCCGCUGGCGCUCGCCGCCGCGGCCUUCCCCGCCGCCGGCCUCCCCCGCUGGGAUGAAGCCAGCGCAGUCACCCCCGCUUGACCUCUGCUGGCUGCUGUGCAGGAACCUUCCUCCCGGAGAGCAUCCCCGGGCUCAUGCCUCCUCCUCCUCCUCCCCGCCACCACCGGCCUCCGGGGCGCCGGGCGCCCGCUGAGCCCUGAGGGACGAGGCCACCGGGCCUGGGCCGCCCUGAGAGCCGAGGCCGCCGGGCCUGGCCGCCCUGCCCUCGCGCCCGCCGCCCCGCGUGCCCCCGCCGGGUUUCGGCGCGCGGGGCGUCGCUUCGGACUCCAAAAUGGUGCCGCGGUGCCCGGCUGCCCGCUUCGCCUCCGCCUCCGCCCGGGAGAGGUAGCAGCGGUAAGAGCGGCACGGAGCCGGCAUGGGAGAGGGCGACCGCUCGUGAGGUCCAGACGGUGCGGCCGCCUUACGGGAAGCGCGUGCGGCUCCCUGAGGACUGGGCUUGCCUGCGCUUUGUCGUGAAGCCUCAGAUGGUUUUGACGUACUUGAGCCUGUUAGACUUUAACGAUACUUGAAGCCAAAUACGUGGCUUUUUGGCCUUUACUAACUCAAUGCUAUGCAAAAGAAAAGGAAAAAAAAAGAAAGCUUGACACCGGUUGCAGUGGGAAUGACUGUUUCCUGCCCUGGGUGAGCCUACAUGUGGUUUCUUGUUUGUGAGAGGAACUGAUUCUCCUUUGCCCAGUGGAAGACGCACUGCAUAUGGUAACGUAAAACUUUGAUGACACUUGUAGUUACUAAGCAAUUGGAACUUUUAACUUGUUGUUUUGCGUAAAGCCACCGAAAGAGCCUCGUCGCUGUCUUCAGAAGCGGUGGAAGAGCCUGUGUGCUCGUCUGUCUUCUUCGCCUCAAGUGACUUUAUUACGCAGCGAGCGCAGCCAACACACCCACCUAAAAUACGUUUUUCCUUCCAAGCUCCGUCCCAACCUGGAAGAUCAGGGAUCACAGACUUCUUCAAAAACUUCUUGACCUGGGGAAGGCUGCCCAUAGUUACUUUAUGGGGCAGCAGCCUGGAAAAGUCCUUGGGGACCAAAGGAGGCCAAGUCUGCCUGCCCUGCACUUUAUCAAAGGAGCAGGGAAGAAGGAACCAUCCAGGCAUGGGGGCCCGCACUGUAACGUCUUUGUGGAACAUGAAGCCCUUCAGAGGCCGGUAGUAUCCGAUUUUGAGCCCCAAGGUCUGAGCGAAGCGGCUCGCUGGAACUCCAAGGAAAACCUGCUGUCAUGUCCGAGCGAAAAUGACCCCCAUCUCUUUGUUGCACUGUACGAUUUUGUGGCGAGUGGGGACAAUACCCUCAGCAUAACUAAAGGUGAAAAGCUCCGUGUCCUGGGCUACAACCAUAAUGGGGAAUGGUGCGAGGCCCAAACGAAGAACGGGCAAGGCUGGGUCCCCAGCAACUACAUCACCCCCGUGAACAGCUUGGAGAAACAUUCCUGGUACCACGGACCGGUGUCGCGCAACGCUGCCGAGUACCUGCUGAGCAGCGGCAUCAAUGGCAGCUUCCUUGUGCGAGAGAGCGAGAGCAGCCCGGGACAGAGAUCCAUUUCGCUGAGAUACGAGGGAAGGGUGUACCACUACAGGAUAAACACUGCGUCCGACGGAAAGUUGUAUGUCUCUUCAGAGAGCCGCUUCAACACGUUAGCAGAGUUGGUCCAUCAUCAUUCGACUGUAGCAGAUGGCCUCAUCACCACUCUACACUACCCAGCACCCAAACGCAAUAAACCCACUAUUUACGGAGUGUCUCCAAACUACGACAAAUGGGAGAUUGAACGAACUGACAUCACUAUGAAGCACAAGCUCGGUGGAGGGCAGUAUGGAGAGGUGUACGAAGGAGUCUGGAAGAAGUACAACCUUACAGUGGCUGUGAAGACUCUAAAGGAGGAUACCAUGGAGGUGGAAGAGUUCUUGAAAGAAGCCGCAGUAAUGAAGGAGAUCAAGCAUCCGAACCUGGUGCAAUUAUUAGGGGUAUGCACACGGGAGCCUCCUUUCUACAUCAUUACGGAGUUCAUGACAUAUGGGAAUCUGUUGGAUUAUCUGCGUGAGUGUAACCGUCAGGAGGUGAAUGCUGUAGUGCUGCUGUACAUGGCAACUCAGAUCUCCUCAGCCAUGGAGUACCUGGAGAAGAAGAACUUCAUUCACAGGGAUCUUGCUGCCAGAAACUGCCUUGUAGGGGAGAACCACUUGGUGAAGGUGGCAGAUUUUGGCCUGAGCAGGCUAAUGACGGGUGACACGUACACUGCCCAUGCUGGAGCAAAAUUCCCAAUCAAGUGGACUGCCCCAGAAAGUCUGGCCUACAACAAGUUCUCCAUUAAAUCUGAUGUCUGGGCCUUUGGUGUUCUGCUGUGGGAAAUUGCGACGUACGGCAUGUCCCCGUACCCCGGGAUCGACCUGUCUCAGGUCUAUGAGCUGCUGGAGAAAGAUUACCGUAUGGAGCGCCCUGAAGGCUGUCCUGAGAAAGUUUACGAGCUCAUGAGAGCAUGCUGGCAGUGGAGCCCUUCAGAUAGGCCCUCGUUUGCCGAGAUCCAUCAGGCCUUUGAGACGAUGUUUCAGGAAUCCAGCAUAUCGGAUGAGGUGGAGAAGGAACUGGGAAAGAAGGGCAUGAGGAGUGUAGUGAGUAACUUUCUCCAAGCCCCAGAGUUACCCACCAAAACACGAACAUCAAGGAGAGCUGCUGAAAGCAAAGAUGCCAGUGAGAGCUUGGAGACAGCACAUGCUCGAGGCCAGGGGGAAUGUGACCCUCUGGAGCACGAACCUGCCAUUUCUCCCCUGCUUCCACGGAAGGAAAGGGUGGCCAUGGAGAGCAAUUUGAAUGAAGAUGAGAGGUUGCUUCCAAAAGAUAAAAAACCCAACCUCUUCAGUGCCCUUAUCAAGAAGAAGAAGAAGACUGCCCCUACUCCUCCCAAAAGGAGCAGUUCCUUCAGAGAGAUGGACGGCCACUCGGACCGCAAGGCAGGAGGGGAGGAGGAGGGCAGGGAUGCUGGCAAUGGCGCUUUCAUUGCACCUCCUACGGACGCAGCUGACCCCUCCAAGUUUCAGAGCCCAAGCAACGGGGCUGGUGUCACCAACGGGGUUGUUGCUGGGAACUCUGGGUUUUUAUCUCCCCAUUUACGGAAGAAGUCCAGCACAAUGAGCAGCAGCCGGGGAGUGGCUGUUGAAGAGGAGAGUAGUUCCAACUCCAGCAAGCGUUUCUUACGGUCCUGCUCCGCCUCCUGCGUGCCCCAUGGAGCGAAGGACACAGAGUGGAAAUCUGUGACUCUGCCUCGGGAUUUGCAGUCUACAGGGCGCCAGUUUGAUUCCUCCACCUUUGGUGGGCACAAAAGCGAAAAGCCAGCACUUCCUCGGAAGCGGGCAAAUGAAGCCAAGACUGACACUGCUGUCAGGGGAACAGUGACCCCUCCUCCACGGCUGCUUAAGAAAAAUGAAGAGACCACUGAUGAUGUGUUCAAAGAUGCAGAGUCAAGUCCCGGCUCCAGCCCUCCCACUCUGACGCCAAAACUUGGCCGUAGGCAACCUGCUGCCCCUCCGUCCUCCAGUGUGCUCCACAAGGAUGAUGGAGUCAAAUCCAGUGCCUUAGGUACCACUGUGACGAUGGACCAAGGUUCUGCUGCCAAACCCAACUCUGCUGGGUUUGCAGGUGCCAGCAAGGCUUCUGCUGAGGAGCCACGAAUGAGGAGGCUGAAGCAGACCUCGGAGUCGGCAGGGAAGGACAAAGGGAAGUUAUCAAAGCUGAAACCAGCCCCUCCGCUUCCGCUCUCUUCGUCCUCCAUUGGCAAGCCUGGAAAAGUAUCUCACAGUCCCAGCCAGGAAGCAGCAGCAGAUGUGGUGUCUGGUCCUAAAUCCAAACAGUUGACUCAGGUUGCAGAUGCUGCGAGCAGUGAUGCUGUCAAGCCAAACCAGUCAGGGGAAGGUGUGAAAAAGCUGGGGAUCCCGUCUGUACCAAAGCCACAGUCCUCUACAAAGCUGCUGAUGAGCACAGCAACCCCAGCUGCCUCUUCCUCAUCUGUACCCUCUGCCCCUGGUGGGGACCAGCCAUCAUCCACAGCCUUCAUCCCUCUCAUAUCCACCAGGGUCUCCCUGCGGAAGACCCGACAGCCCCCAGAGAGGAUUGCCAGUGGCACCAUCACUAAAGGAGUGGUAUUGGAAAGCACUGAGGCUCUGCGGAUCGCCAUCAGCAAGAACUCUGAACAAAUGGCAAGCCACAGCGCUGUCUUGGAGGCUGGCAAGAACCUCUACACCUUCUGUGUGAGUUACGUGGACUCCAUUCAGCAGAUGAGGAACAAAUUUGCCUUUCGGGAGGCCAUCAAUAAGCUGGAGAAUAACUUACGGGAGCUUCAGAUCUGCCCAGCCACAGCUGGCAGUGGUCCUGCAGCCACCCAGGACUUUAGCAAACUUCUCAGUUCGGUGAAAGAAAUCAGUGACAUUGUUCAGAGGUAGCAGAAGCCAAGUUUAAAAAAAAAAAAAUCACAAUGGGCCAAAGCCAACUGUGGAGAGAAUAAUAGCAUGUGUGGACUGACAAAGGACUGGGGCCUUCAGGUUAGAGAUGUGCAAAAGACACAGACUGAUAAUGGAUGCCCCAGCUCCAAAGAGCAGGGCUGUGGUCAAGAGGCACUUUCCACCCUCUUAACCCAGGUUCCCUGUGACUCAUAUACUCACAAUCGUCUUAUCUGUGGAGUUCUUGCCUUGUGGACUACAAGUCUAAAUGCUGAUGUCACACCAUGCCUUCUUAUUAAUAUUUUAUUGUUCCGGACAGGCCAUUAAGACUGAAGCGAGACUGGUGGACGCUGAGAUGCUGUCCUCCUCGGGAGGACUUCCUACUGCAUUUUCAUUCCCUCCCUCUGCCCCACUGUACAUGAGGAUGAGUGUUUGAAUAGCAAUAUACCCACGGCUUUUCUUGGGGGAGUUGCAGCACAUAACCCUGGCCUGAGUCGGACAUUUACUGAUGUUAAUGCAACAGAUUGGGAGCUUGGGAGGUGUGGGGCGGGGUGGGGGGGACUUUUAAUGUAACUUUUUAAUGACAGAACACUACAAGUGAUGUUUACUCAAAUUCUUCCUGUGAUUCCACCUGCUGCCCUUCAUAGCUGUGUUUUCAGCAAUUCCGUAAUGUUGUUGAGCCCAGAUGAGUUGCUUGGGUUCAAAAUUUUGUAAACAGCACCCACUAAUGUAGUGGCACGGGAGCCUGUUUGUGGAUCUCUCUUGGUAGCGAUGAAGGACUGGAGAAGGUCUGAAGAAGGAGGACAUUGCUGUCAUGCUCUUGUGAGAUUUAACAUCAGCUGGGCUGGAGUCUGGGGUGGAGGGUUGCCGAGCGGGUCUGGGAGCAGUAGGCUGGUGCUGAGCAAGGAAUUACUGCAUCGCUCAGUGAGGGACGGAGAGGUUGCAGCAGGGAGAGAUAGCUUAGGAUGAGCUCGAAGAUACCGCUGUGCCUCCAGCGGCUGUUUCAGCUGAGUUUGCACAUUGCAGACGGGCAAGAGCUGCUGUUUGUCUAGUUGAAUUUCCAGCCACUUCUGUUCUAUGAGCUCCAGAGGAGCAAUGAGCAGAGGUAAGAGCUGUAUUGGAGCUGCUUUCGGCUCUCCCACAGAGUCCUGUGCUUCGGGGGGCGGUGACACCUCCCUUUCUGUGCCAAUGCUAGAUCCCAUUGAAGAGCUCAAAUGCCAGUGCUUUGGGGCUGAAGCCAUCCGUCACCUUCAUGCCCAUGUGGUUCCAUCCAGCAUCAAACAAGGAUCUGUGAAGACUGCGGACACUUCUCUUGGGGGCAUCUCCCAAGGCCACUGCCACAAAACGCUGACAGCAGGACUCCUGUGCUGCCUUUCCAAGGUCCUGUGACCUUCCCAACUAAUGCAACACGACUGGGAACUAACUGUGACUUGUGACCAUAGUGAAAGAACAAGGUUUAGGGCUAUUAACAGUGCAAUUUAACUCCUUUUAACAGUUCCAAACGAGGAAAAAAACACCAUUUUUCCAUGUCCUGUUCUCCCUGUAACUCUUGUGACCCCUAUUGUGUAUCUUAAACACUAAUUGCCUUCAAUUGUAUUUUAUUAUUUUCUCUUUGGAACUGUUUGUUUUGUAUAUGAUUUCCAGUAGUUCACUCUUUUGUGUGUUCACGCCACUUCUCGCCCUCACAAACAGCCGUGACUUAACACAUGACAAAUGUUUAAGAGAAAAUACACACUUCUGCCACAGGCUGCCUUUAAAAAUGUAAGAAAAAAAAAAUCCUUGGACUGUCUCUUUCCUGGAGGUACUGUUUUUACUUUGAUAACAUAUUGUGCCACUAUAUUAUACAUUUGUAUCUCGUUAUUACACACUUUUGUAGACUUGUCUUUUAUACAGUGUGUAAAUAGCUCUGUCCUUCAUCUCUGUGAUACUUAAGGGGGUUGUUUCCCCUUUAUUUUGGUCCAGUACAGAUUGUUUCUGUACAUGACUUUCAAUUCUUCCUCCUCUCUUUCUGUGUUUCAUUUUUUUGAUUCAUUUUUUUAUUCCAGUCUCUGUUGCGUAGUAUAUUUAAAAAUAAAUCAAUGUUGAGGAAAA